CUCUCCUCACUCCUCAGUCGGCCAUGAGCUGACUUUUGCCCUCGGACCUCGGACAUCCUGUUCUCUCUCCUCGCUUUCUCUCUCUUGCCCGUUCUCCCAAUAGUUCUGUCCCUGUCCCUCCCCCCAAAUUCCCCGACCCACCGCUCCCAAAUCCCAUCCAAAUCCCUCCACAUCCUCCAAAGAUCGGAUUUUCAGAGGGCCUCCGCCCCCAGAUCGGGGAGGGAUCCCCGUUUCCUCUGGUGGGUCGGUCCCCGCCGUCCUUUUCUUGAUCUUUUUCCUGGAGGGGAGGUUCUUGGAUGGGGUGCCUGCCGUGCUUUGGGUCGAGCGGCAAGGGGGAGCCCGCCAAGAAGGGCGGCGCGCGGAAGGACGUUCCGUCGGAUCGCCGCGCCACCGGGGUCGGAUCAGAUAAACCAAAACCACAAGGUUUAUUGGACUCUAAGAAGGAUACAGUUAUCCCAAGGGAGGGAAACAAUCAACAUAUUGCAGCACACACAUUCACUUUUCGUGAGCUUGCUGCUGCCACUAAGAACUUCAGACAGGAUUGCCUAUUGGGCGAGGGAGGUUUCGGCCGUGUAUAUAGAGGACGUUUGGACAAUGGACAGGCUGUUGCAGUUAAGCAACUUGAUCGCAAUGGACUUCAAGGUAACAGAGAGUUUCUGGUUGAGGUCCUUAUGCUCAGUCUAUUGCACCACGAUAACUUGGUAAACCUAAUUGGAUACUGUGCUGAUGGGGAUCAACGUCUUCUUGUAUAUGAAUAUAUGCCGCUAGGAUCACUUGAGGAUCAUUUGCACGACAUUCCACCUGAAAAGGAACCUCUUGACUGGAAUACACGGAUGAAGAUUGCUGCUGGUGCUGCCAAGGGAUUAGAAUACUUGCAUGACAAGGCAAGUCCUCCUGUUAUUUACCGGGAUUUCAAGUCGUCAAACAUUCUUCUUGGCGAAGAGUUUCAUCCAAAGCUAUCUGACUUUGGCCUUGCAAAACUUGGCCCUGUCGGUGAUAAAACCCAUGUUUCAACUCGUGUUAUGGGAACUUAUGGCUACUGUGCCCCAGAGUAUGCAAUGACUGGACAGCUUACAGUUAAAUCUGAUGUGUAUAGCUUUGGUGUUGUGUUCCUUGAACUGAUUACUGGUCGUAAAGCAAUUGACAACACCAAACCACAUGGAGAGCAAAACCUAGUGGCGUGGGCUCGUCCUCUGUUCAAAGACCGCAGAAAAUUUCCAAAAAUGGCUGAUCCGGCACUUCAGGGCCGCUUUCCUAUGAGGGGUCUGUAUCAAGCUUUAGCCGUUGCUGCAAUGUGUUUGCAAGAGCAAGCUGCCACUCGGCCUUUCAUAGGAGAUGUGGUCACUGCUCUUUCAUAUCUUGCUUCUCAGGCGUAUGAUCCAAAUGCACCCACUCAACAUAGUCGGAGCAAUGCAUCUACCCCCAGAGCCAGAGACCGUGGUAGUGUGAACGGCGACCAGCGGCGUAUCCGGUCGCCAAAUCACCAUUCUCCAGAUCUGAGGAGAAAAGAAGCCACAACAACAUCGAAGUAUGAAGCCGAGGUUAGCAGGAAUAGUUCUGGUGGUGGUUCUGGUAGACGAUCAGGCUUGGAUGAUAGGGAUGUGACAGGUUCACAACAGGGUAGUCCUGCUCAGGCAGGAAAGAGGAGGGAAACUUCAAGGACCUCUGAGAGGCAGCGUGCUAUUGCAGAGGCUAAGACAUGGGGUGAGAAUUCUAGAGAGAGGAAAUGGCCGAAUGCUCGGGGCAGCUUCGAUAGUACAAAUGAGUAGAACUCUGGAGCAGAAGGUCUGAGUCAUCAUUCUAGAAAGAGGAUGAGUCGCAAGCCAGUACCAAGCAGGGGACAGUUUAGGGACAUGGGGUUCGAUUUCGGUUCCAUGUUUAAUGUGAAUAGAGCUUUCCUUUUCUUUCCCGGCCAUCACCACUGCUUCAUAGUUUCUCUCUUCCACACAAAUAUCACCACUGCAAUCACCAUCGACACGCCUAUUCCUGGCGUCCGUUCCUCGUGAAUGUGAUCAUGCAGAUGUGCCUUCAUCAUCAUGGCAUGAACGACAUCUGGCUGGAAAGUUAGUAAGCAAAGGGGAGAACUGUUCUGAGGAGGACAUGAUCCAAUCAAAUGAGCCUCUUCUGUUGCCUGCAUGCAUGACGGGUAUCACAGUUGUUCCGAGCGUAGAGCUUUAUUGUGAAGUCUGAGUACCGAGGGAUGUGAUGAUUUUUCUUUCCUCGAGGGUUUGUACCGAGGGGUUUUACCCAUGUUCCAUACGUCUGUAUUGUGACAUUUUUGUUUGUAUUGAGUUGUCAGAACACAUCCUUUGAUUUAUCUCUUCUGGCAAAGCCGUUGUGCCCCUUCCAUCUAAGCUGUGCAAAAUAUUUAGGAAGCUUGUUA